UCGUGCUGUACAGUUUGUUCCAUAUGGGUUCCCGUACUGUUGAAGCGCUGUUGACGAGAAGUGUCUUUGACUGAUGUGUCAAAAUGGCAGAUCAAACAACACUAGAGAGUCUGCUGGAGAUGGGCUUUGAAAGAAACAGAGCGGAGAAAGCAGUGGCCAACACAGGAAACCAGGGAAUAGAACAAGCCAUGGACUGGUUAAUGGAACAUGAGGACGACCCAGACAUCGAUGAACCCUAUGUGCCGCCUGUAGGAGAUGUCUUGGGAGGAAAAGACGAGAGCCAGUCCACCACCGAACAGCCAACACAAGCAGACACCGCUGAAGAUCAGGCAGAUGGAGAGAGCAGUUACAGUGGUGGUGAAAACAGUGCAAAGAAGCCAAUGACAGAGGAGGAGAGACUUGAGCAAGUUAAAAGGCUAGAGGAGCUGAUGCGGGUGAAGCAGGCGGAGAGAAGACAGCGAGAGCAGGAUGAAGAGUUGGAAAGGGAGAAGCAGCGGAGGAAACAGGGCCAAGAGCUGCAGCAGAUUCGCCAAAAGCUAAUGGACGAUGAUAUGAAAAAACUUGCUGAGCAGCGCCGGAGAGAGAAGAUGGAGGACAAGCUGGCAAGGCAAAGGGUUAAGGAAAAGAUCGCACGAGACAGAGAGGAGAGAGCACAAAAGUUUGGAAGCGGUGGACAAACGAGCACGACCGCAUCGUCCCAACCUUCCCAGCCCAGCCCCUCAUCGCCCACCAGUCACGGCCCUCCACCCACUAAGAAGGAGUACGAUGAGUCCAGGAUUCAGGUCCGUCUGCUGGACGGCUCAACCAUCACAACGGUGUUCAAGGCCCAGGAGCCGCUGGCGGCAGUGCGUGUCUAUGUGCAGGUGAACAGCAACACACCUGAGGGUCAGGACUUCACGCUGCUGUCUCCCUACCCCCGUCACGUAUACACUGAACUGGACAUGGAGAAGCCCCUUAAAGAACUGGGUUUGGUGCCUUCAGCUGUGCUGGUUGUUACCAAAAAGUGAGAACAGGAGCAUCUGCUCUGUGAGCCUACCUCACUACCUUCAUUACAUCAACACGAGAAUCACCGGAUCUGAUCCAGGAACGGAUCCGCACCCUUUUAGUAUCAUUCAGUAAGCCAGCUAACUGAGCUGAUGCAGACAAAGUGAAGUUGUGUUUUCAGAAGUUGUUUGAAGUAGCGCUGAAAAUGCCAUCACACGUGCCGUUCUGGGCUGACUGAUUUCACUUGUUAUUGAUUGGUUUGUGUGCAGUGUGGUGGACCGGGACUUUUACAAAGUGAAGAUAGCUGGCUUCUGAUGGAUACUGCCUCACGGUUUUCAACAUUUAGAAUAAAAAUGAUUCGGAACAAAAUCGUUACAUUUUCACAUGAUGGUUACAUAACAAAGACCCAUUCGAUUGGCUCUGAAAGGGCCUUAAAUCUAAUUACCACGACCUUCCAGAUUUUGUGACAUUGUACUUUUGCCAGUUUUUUUUUUAAAUUUAAAAAAACAUUAACAGUAAUAUCUGCAUAAUCACCAAGAAUCGGUUUCAAAUAAAGCUGAAGUGGAGAAUUA